AUGUACGCGUUUUGGUGUUGUCCAUUUUGGAAGUCCGGCUGGAACAUUUUCGAUUUCGUUGUGGUGGCCAUCGGCGUUCUUUCUGUGUUCCAGGUCGAGCUUCCGGGACCUCUGAGUAUGCUCCGCAUGAUGAGAGCGUUCCGAGUAUUCCGCCUGUUCAAGCGGGUCAAGUCGCUCAACAAGAUUAUGGUUUCUCUGGCCAAGGCAGUUCCUGGCGUAGCGAACGCCUUCUUUAUCUUGCUGCUGGUGAUGUCCAUAUACGCCAUCAUAGCCGUGGACCUCUUCAAGGAUUAUGGCAAGGGUGGCAAAUACAUCAACAUCAAGGGCAACGAAGUGGCCCUGAUCACCAGCCGCCAGCAGGAGUAUGGCUACGAGUACUUCGGUAACUUCGGCAAGUCGCUCUACACAAUGUUCCAGGUCCUCACAGGCGAAAGCUGGGCCGAGGCUGUUGCGCGGCCGCUUUUGCACGGCAACAGCGUCCCGGAAGCCUUUGGCGUCGCUUUCUUCUUCGUCUCCUUCAUUGUCGUGAAUGGAGUGGUUCUUACCAAUGUCGUCGUGGCAGUUCUGCUGGAGAAGAUGGUGGAUGACGAGAAAGAACCGCAGGAAGAGGAAGAGGAGGAGGAGGAGGACGAAGAAGAGGAUGAAGAGGAAGACAACAAUGUGAAGAGUUUAGCCACCGCACCGCAGGCAGGCGGGGAAGGUGGCCUGACGCCAGAGUCUGCAGAAGCAGCAAGGGCGCAGAAUUGGCACUGGCCGAUGACCUACGAGCCUGGCAAUGCCAAAGCCUGGACGCACGGGACCAACGGCGACACCAACGGCGACAGUCAG